UUCUCUCCCUGGUCAUCCUCACCUGGAAUCGUUCGUAUAGGAUUAAAGAUGGCGGCUAUUUCAGUACGGGAAAGAGAAACGGUCCGAGCAGAGCCCGACAUUCAGCAGGACUUCGGCCUGAAGGAAAGAGUGCACCUCUUUACACCUGCAGCUUUAUUACUUGUAUCUGUACACAACAAGUCGGGAGCAAUGAAGCUACACGCUUUUUUAAUGUGUAUCAUGAAUUAUUUGCUGUUGACAAAUCAAGAGGAGCAGAAAUCGGAAGUGAAACAGACUUCAUGGAGUUCACCUGAUAACAACACUUAUGCUUAUCCUGAUGACUAUGACGUUGCUACCGCCUGCGAAUCGCACGUGCCGGAAUUUAACUCCCUCGCCCUUCUGGUCAUCUACAGCAUCGUGUUUGUGUUCAGCCUCUUGGGCAACAGUCUGGUGGUCUUUGUGGUCUGCUCUAUGAGCAAAGGCAGAGCCAGCACAGAUAUCUACUUGAUGCACCUUGCCCUGGCUGACCUCCUCUUCUGUUUCACUCUCCCCUUCUGGGCCGUUGAGUCUCACUACGGUUGGAUCUUUGGCACGCUCCCCUGCAAGUUCAUAUCCAGCUUCCAGGAGGCGUCUGUGUACAGCGGCGUCUUCCUGCUGGCGUGCAUCAGUGUGGACCGCUACUUUGCCAUCGUAAGAGCGACGCGAGUGUUGUCCUCCCGCCACCUGCUGGUGAAGGGGAUCUGCGCCGUUGUGUGGCUGGUGUCCGGGUUUCUGUCUAUACCCGUGGCGGUUCAAAGGGAGGACAUCAUUCUGCCUGGACUGGAUCAACCCAUUUGCUACGAGAACCUAACCGGGGAGAGUAGUGACCAGUGGCGGGUCGGCCUCCGAGUUCUGCGGCACACUCUGGGCUUCUUCCUUCCCCUGGUGGUGAUGGCGUUCUGCUACGGCUGGACGGUGGUGACGCUGUUCAGCAUGCGCAGUCAACAGAAGCACAAGGCCAUGCGCGUCAUCCUGGCAGUGGUCCUGGCGUUCAUUUUUUGCUGGCUGCCUUACAACGUCACCGUUCUGAUAGACACGCUCUUUCGAGGCGGGUCGCUCGAAGAAACCUGCGACAUCCGCUACACAGUGGAGGCCCUGCUGGAGGUGACCAAGAUUAUCGCCUUCCUGCACUGCAUGGUGAACCCGGUGCUGUACGCCUUCAUCGGGGAGAAGUUUCGGAACGAGCUGCUGACAGCUCUCUACAAACAGGGCAUCAUCAGCAAGAAGCUCUGGGUGUCUUACAGGAAGGGUUCUGCGGCCAGCGUGCUCAGUGUCAGGUCCAGAAACACCUCUAUAUCGGUGUAAGCUAACGCCGUCUCAUGGGCUAUGUUCACACAGCACGUCUUGAUGCUCAGUUCCAAUAUUUUUGGGGUUUUUCAUGGUCAUUCAUAAUAGUAAACCCAACUUCAAUGAGAUUUCUGUGCAAACGGUUUAUGUCCCCAAAGCGACCUGCUUGUGCAGAAGAAACCUGGACGAUAAAUCAGUAACAAUAUAUAAAGCAGUAAAGAUGUGAGCAAUAUCAGUAGACAAUACAUCCGAUAGAAUAUUCAAUAAUUUCACUGAACUCCGGUCCGGAACCGCACAACAUUCUGGGAGAUGUAGGCACAGAAAAGGCUUUAGCAACCAGCUAAGCAAGGUUGGUGCCAUCAAGUAACUCACCCACUCUUUGGUUACCUAGCAACAACCUGUUGAGUAACUUGUGGUCACCUGGCAACAGCCUGUUGAUUAACUUGUGGUCACCUGGCAACAACCUGUUGAGUAACCUGUGCAGCAGCAGUUUCAGGUUUUAUUAUAACUGUUUAAAAAUAAAAAACAGCAUAGAGUGAAGGGAAAACAUGAGUACAGCAGUUUGAGAGGAAAAGUCACACCACCAGUUUUAUCAGUAUUUCAGACAUUUAAAACAAUAAACUAACAGUAACUAUCAAUAUGACUGAUAUGAAACCCUUGUAUUGUUACACUUUUUAGUCAUAUUGUCCCGCCUUACUUUGACGUCACACAGCAGCAGCUCGGUGUUUGACAGUCAUUUAUGCACCGAUGUCAUAGUUUAUUCAGCAACAAGAGCCAACGGUAUCAUCACAAGACGAAGAAGGCUGAUAAAAAGACAGCGUAACCAACGGCAAUGGCUUUUUGUGAUUGACUUCUGUAAACAAGUCAGUCCGGAUGCGGAGUUGGAGCAAAGAGUGGAGGGAUUGUGAUGUGAUGCACUUCUUUCAUCAUUUCAUGAUUAUUUUCAGCCAUUGUUUACGUCCAGAAAUCUGAUUUUUUUUUUUGGGGGGGGUGAAAACAUUUUGCUGUUUCAGUGAAAGAAGUUGGGUAUGGGUCCCAUAGGGGUAAAAACAAAAGAAACAGGCUUGGGUCGCAUUUACCUGCUGUGUGAACAUAGCCAUAAAUAUCAUUACUGAUGCAAAUAUGUACAAGUGAAGUAUUUAGAAGUAUCUAGAAAAGUGUAAGCAUUUGGCAGGAGUCUUAAAAUCUAUCUCUGGUUUUGUAUUUCUAACUUACAAAACUGCAAGUUUUGCAGGAGGUUUCUACUGAAAUUGCAGAAACCUCCUGAUAUUCGCAGUUCGGUAUUCGCAAAUGUGUAAGGUCAGGGGUCAGCGACCUUUUCCAUUCACAGAGCCACUUUUCCCCUUCUGCUACAAAAAUAAAACUCGCCUAGUGUCACAAAAAACUAUUUUUAAAAAUGUAUGAAGUACAUUUUUACGUAAAAUGUUUAAUUAUGAAAGUUAACAAAAUUAAGCUAAAAUGUAAAUUUUGAGAUUUUAGAACAAAUAUUACAUUGGAUAAAAUGACAAUUUAGCAGAAUGGGCUGAGUCUUUUCUAUAAAUAUGGAAAAGGAGAAAUAUGGUUAGCAUAGUUUGAAGCUGGGUGUUUUUUAAAAGCCUAUUAUAGAUAUUAAAAGUAGAUUUUGCGACCUUUGACCUAUUCACCAUGCUACGUGACAUCCUAUUGGCUGGUGUUUUACCAAGCAGCCAAUCCAGGAAUGAUCGGUUGUACGCCAAAUAAUGGAGAUGAGUCCAACUGUAGACAUUAGUGAACUUCAGCAGUAGUGCCAAGAUGGUUUCCAUUGGACGUAUUAGUGGAUAUUCAGGUAUAUUUGGUGUUUAAAGUUUUAAAUAGGAAGUUAUAAUCAUUUUUAGAGGGAGCCUCAGCUUUUGAGGGGCAGCCUUGGUCCUGGGGGUUUACCUGUUAUUUUUAAAAUACUUAUUAGUCUCAAGUUAAAACACACAGAUGUUACAAAGCAAGGAAACUUCAGCUACUUUCAAAACGAACAAAAAAACAAAAAUAAAUUACAUCCUGUUCUCAGCAGACUUUUAAUGUCACAGGACGUUUCCUCAGGUCUAACGUUGAUAAGAUCUCUGAAGAACUAUGAAGUCAAACGGAAAGACAAUUAUUCAGAGAGAGAGAUAUAUUUUAAGAUGUUUAGUCUUUUCAAAUCCUGAAACAAAAACUGUUCCAAGAUGGAGUUCAUGAGUGGAAGCGAUGGUUCCUGAUUUGGCUUAAAAUCUUUACUAUUUUUUGUCAAUGCAUCAUCAAUUACUUAAUCUCUUCAAAAAGAAAGGAUAGUGACGGCGUGCUGCCAUCAAUAAAUAUGUCACCUCAAGACUUACAAUGUGGUCCGAACUAUUAGAAACUGAUGGUGAUUCUCCUGGAGAAAAUAGUUUGAGACAAACACUUUGUCUCUGAUCAUCAGGAAGCGUCUCCGUAGCAACAGGAGUUUUAGUUUGGUGCUUUGAAACGUACAGGAGUGUGAAACCACCGUGUCUGCAAAGGUUCAUAAGCAGCAAUCUGUAAAACAUCGUAAAGCCAUUUUCAAAAACCAAGAACUUCUGGGAAAAACUCCCAGGCAUUAAAACAUCCCCAUUCCCUGAAAUCCCAGAAAAAUUCACCCCAAGGUUAGAAGGUCAAAGGUUGAGAGCAGUGAUAAAAGAAAAAAACAUAGUUGUGCCUUAAUGAAACAUAAGACAACAGAUGGAACGACCUUUUGACCGAUGAAGCCAAAGUAGAAAUGGUUGUCCAUGUUUGAGGACAUCCAAACACAGACUCAGGUAAAGCAUGGUGGUGGUGGAAUGGUGAUCUGGGCUUGUUUUACAGCCAAAUGUUGAAGAAUCAGAUGUGAGGCCCUGAUUCUGGCUGCUGAAUCUUGACCAACAUUGGGUUAUCAAGGUAUCUGCUCCUGCAUAGCCCAUUAUUGGCCCAAUGUUGGGCAAGAAGAAGCUGAAUGCUUGCAGACCUCAAUAAGCUGAAGCAGUAAAUAUGAUGCAGUUUUGUUUCUUUUGACGUAGAGUCUUAUAUAACCCAGUCAUUCUUAGAGAUUCUGAAAUGUCUCUGUUCCUUUCUCCUAAAACCCCCUCAAAGUUCCCGUUGGCGUCUAACGUCAAAGCGUCUGGCUUCUGCAGCUGUUCUCGAUUUCAUCAAGCGAUGUUUGACUUUUGAGUCAACCUCAUCACACUCUUUAAAUUCUGAGAACGCAUCAAAUGUCAAUGAGUUUGAAAAGGAGAAGUCAACUCAUUGACAAAUGUGCAAAACUAC